UGGGAGGAAGUUUCCGCUCUUGGUAAAUGGCGAUCAGGUUUUUCUACGUUGAUGUAAUAUUUACACUCUCACUGUGUGACAGGUUCGCCUAAGAAGCAGAUGUAAAUUGAAAUUGAUGUGCUGUGAUCUAUAAUCUAGGCUACAUGCAAUGUGAUCAAGUAUCAGGCCUUUCCACGAUGCCUACUUCGUGGAUUAAGGGUAAGUCUGAUCUUACCGCCCAGAAAGAAUUAACCUUCACAGAACUUCAUACGGAAUGCCGUCUUGCUGCACCAGGCUCUCGACUUUCUUAUUCCAUACGGAGCAAAUUAGAACGAUUUUUACCCCACGAACGAUUUGAAAUAGUAUCUUAUACUCGUGAAGGCUGUGCUCCUCUGUUUAUUGCGAGUAAAAAAGGUAAUGUAGAAAUAGUGGAAUAUCUUAUUGAAGUAUGUGGUGCAAGUGUGGAACAGCGAGGAAUGUAUGAGGUGCCAGACGAUAGAUCCAAACACUACGUAACCCCGUUAUGGUGUGCAUCCGUCGCUGGUAAACUCAGUGUUGUUAAGUGUCUAGUGGAACAUGGUGCCGAUGUUGAUAGUGUUUCUGAUACAGGAUCUACCCCAGUGCGAUCUGCUUGUUUUAUGACUCAUUAUGAAAUUGUUGUGUAUCUAGUGACUAAUGGUGCAAAUAUUUUAAAGCCAAAUUUCAACGGAGGUACAUGUCUUAUCAAUUCUGUGCAAAGUGUUCCGCUGUGUGAAUUCCUCAUUAGGAAAGGAGCCGAUGUCAAUGCUCAAGACAUACAACUCAAAACUGCGCUGCAUUAUGCAAUACAGGAGCACCGCAUUGAUACAGCAAAAUUACUCUUGGAGAAUGGUGCAGAUCCAUUGAUCAAAAGCAGAUAUGGAGAUGAUGCUCUGCAGACUGCAUGCCUCAAAAGUGCCACCCACGUAUUUGAUUAUCUAAUUGACAAUUAUACUUAUUCUAGAGAACGCAUCGCCGAAGCUCACGAGCUGAUGGGAAGCACUUUCCUUGAAGAGCAUCACGAUAUCAGGAAGGCAUUGCAUUAUUGGCGUACAGCGCUCAUGUUGCGGUACGAGAACCCCAUCGAGCGCCUCGAAAAGCCGAAAACCUUUCGUAAAACCGUGUAUCUAUAUGCGACAGAGUUUACCACGAUGGAAGAAUUAGAAAAUUUGGUCCUAGAUCUCGAUCAGAUGCGAAUGCAGUCCUUAAUUAUAUGUGAAAGAAUUUUGGGGCCUUUGCAUCGAGACAUGAUUUUCCGCCUGAUGUAUCGAGGCGCUGCCUACGCGGACAGCCUCCAAUAUUUGAGAUGCAUCGACCUUUGGAAGUAUGCCCUGGAUUUAAGAAUUCAAAAAGACACUUUACUGCACAGUGAAGUAUGCUUUGCGGCUCAGGCACUCGUCAGACUUUUCUUAGAUCUUUACGAAAAGAAUUACAGCGGCGUGCUUCGAGAGAAAGUGGAAUUUCAAGACGUUGUCGAUUCCAUAAGACUGGUGUUCUCUUAUUUUCCCGAAGCCAGGCGACUGAUAGACGCUAAACCUUUAUACAAAAGACAUUUAGAAAAUUUUGACAAAGUGUUAAGGGUUAUGUCUCAUCUUCUGUAUGUUCUACAUGUCAUUCCUAAGACAGAUGAACAGUUAAAUCAAGCUCGUCUUAUAAUUAAUGAAGUCCUGGUGAGUGAUCCGCGCGGUUCUUCGGGUGAAUCUUUAUUGCAUAUGGUCGUAUCCAAGUCCAACGCAAUGAAAUCGACCUCCAUAUUCGACGAUCCCAGUUCAAUUUUCCCUGAUCCCGAUAUUACUGAAAUGUUCCUACAGUGUGGUGCAGAUGUGGAUUGCGUUAAUCAUAAUUUAAGUACGCCUUUGCACGUGGCGUCCCUACCAUUGAAUUUUCAUCCGCAGGUAGUCGAAGUGCUCCUGCGUUACGGAGCUCACAUAGAUCGUAGGAAUAGCAGCGGUCACCAUCCACAUCAGUUGCUACAGAGUAUACCAGAGUGUGGUGUAAAUCAUUUGAAUUAUAUCUCUUUAAAGUGUUUAGCAGCACGUAAGGUGAUGGAAAAACAAAUUCACUUUUUAGGCGAAGUUCCUGUAGGUUUAGAAGAAUUUAUUAGGAUCCAUUAAUGAAUUUUAAUAGUGGCUCAAGUUUUUUAAUUUUGAGAGUAUAUAUGUAUAGAUUUUUUUAAGUACAAAUUAUAGAGGAUAUAUAUUAUGUGUACAUAAAAAAAAAUUAUUGAAAGUGUUCAGUAUUGUUUUAGGAAGAUUACUAAACUUAUGGAGGAAAAAAAAAAUGAUGUGUUUUCGUACUAAAAGCAAUAGGGUUGUUCCACCAUUUACAGAUGUCAUAUUUGCAGAAAAAUGGUGAAGAAAUUUUUUUCCUCUUAACAGAACAGGUUCUCUUUCUUAAAAAAAGAAGAAAAAAUUAUCAGCUCUAAAAAUUUUUCAGAAAAAAGUCUUUUGAACAAGUUUAUAAUAGCUACUCUAAUUUUUAGAGCUGACUUUUCAAAUUAAAACCUGAAUGUUACUGGCAUAAAUGCUACACAACAUAGUCUUCGAUUUGCAACACCUAUUUUUUUUCCAAAAUUUUUUAAAAAGUGAUAUAGUGUUAAUAAAAAUUAAUGUAAGACACCAAAACUUAUUUUCACAAAAAUCAUUAGAAAUCCUCAAAUUUUUUUUUAUGAGUUAUAAUUUUUUAAAAUCUGCAAGGAUGACCUUCCUUAAUGGUGGACUUACCCAAUAGUAGUUUAAAAUGUUUCAUAAUUUUGCUUUGUUGUCAUUUUUUUAGUGAUGCUCUGUUAUACUCAAUAUUUUCAACCAGUCAUUGACAACAGCCUAUCUUAAUAUUUAAUGGUUAUAAUAAAUAUUUUUUUGUGAUGUUAUCAGAUACUGAGCAUCAUUGAGAAGUUAAUACAGCAAUAUUUUUAGCGCUGAAGAAAUAAUAGUGAUAACAAUUUUAGUGGUGAAUUCUUUAUAAUAGGUCUAGAUCUAGAAAUAAAUAAAAUUGCAAACUUCUCCUUUUUGUUUAUAAUUAUGAUCAAAUAUGUAAAUGUUUGCAUAUACUCUUUCUCCAUAAAUCAUUUCUGUUAUUUGGUUAUAAUUAUCAGUUCAUGGUAAUGUUUACUUGAUCAUUUCGCAAGGGUUGUUAAAGAGUAAGAAUUUUAAAAUUGAAUUGCAUAAUUUGUUUCUUAUUGUUCCUAGUUCUGAAUUUUUAUAGUUUUUGUUCGAAGUUCCUUAAAUGAGUUGAACAACACACAGAAAAAGACAAGGAAAUAAAUUGAAGCUAUUUUAUUUUAACAAAAGAAAAGUUUCAGUGGUUUUAUUGCUAUUUUUUGAUUUGAACAAAAUGUUUUGUUUUACUUUUCUAUUCCAAAUAUAUGGUAUAUUUUAGUUAAUUAUAUAUUUACUUAUAUCUACAAUGCAUGCUUUGUUUUUUUUUUUGUUGAAAAAUUAUGUCUUUUAAUGAAUUAUAUCGAGAAUUCUGGCUAAGAAAUUGUGCUACCCAGGGUGUGAAAAGUAAUUAUUUAUAUGAAUACAGAAGUUUAAAAUGGAGAGCUAGGUAUAGUAUGCUCAUAUGGUAUCAUAAAUGGAGACAACCCACUUUGAAAUAUGAAAGGUUAAGAUAUUUAAUCAAAUUUACAUCAUGUUGAUUUCUAGCUCUUUUGUAGAUUAAAAAAGUAAUUUUUUUUCCUUGUUAAUUUUUUUUUAACUCAAUUUUGAGUGAGGCAUACAUUAAAAUGUUUAAAAAAAAUUUAAUGUAAAGAAUUUUUCUCUAAAAAUCAUGAACUGAAAUGUAAACAAAAAUUUGACUUAAUUAUUAUUAAAGUUUUAAGAAAAGAUUAAUUUUUGUAUGCAAGGUAAAUUAUUCUAAGCAUUUUUUAUGAUAAUAUAUUUUUUUAUUAAUUCCUAUCAUUUGAAGUAAUGGAUUAUUCACCGAUGUUUAUAUUCUAAUAAUCUUAUUAUUAUGGGGUUAAUUUAACUGUUCCUAAUUAUUUUAUCAGCAUAUAGUAUAAUGAAACUGAUAUUUUUUUAUAAAUUGCAUAUUAAUAGAUAUUUCUUAAUGUAGCUAAAAUCUAAAAUGAAUAAAUAAUUAAUAGUCAUAAGUAUAAAUAAAAUUUUAAUUAAGAUUAUUUUGUAUAUAUAUAUAUAUGUGUGUCUGUGUGUUCAAUUAAAAAUUCACUGAUAAAUCAAAAUAGCUUUUUUACUUGUUCAGUUCCUAUUUGGUGCUUUGAUUUUCUUGUUGUUUUUCUUAUGCAAGCUUUAUUUUACUAAGAAUUAAUAACUUUAUCUAGGCACAUUUUUUGCUGCACAGACUUCAGUUCAAAUUGUUUUGGUACACUUAAUAAAGAACACUCUUAUAAAACUUAUCUAUUAAAAUUAAUUAAAUAAAUUGACUUUGCUUAAUUGUUUUACUUAAACUACCAUCUGCUGCCUUUUUAGCCAAAAAAAAAAUCUUAAUUAUUUUAAAUUAAUGAAUUUUGUUUAAAAGUAUAGAACCUGUGGGUUAUCUUAUGUCUUUUUUCUCAUUUAUAUUAUAGUAUGUUUCAUGUUAUUCAUUGCUUUAUAUGCAUAGGGCCCCUAGAUUUAAGGAAUGAAGGAAAUUAAAUUUUGUCUUUAAGUGUGAUUUGAUUAUUUGAAGUAAAAAUCUGCUGCAUGUAAUUUGUAUUGCUUAACACUCAAAGCUUUAGUCUGGGCUUAUUCUGAGUUUUUAGCUAUGAAAAAACUGGUUUUUUGGCAGGAAAGAAAACAUUGAAUGAAAGUAUAUUUGUUGACAUUUCAAAAGCUGAGUCAGUUAAGUGACACUAAUUCUAAAUUUACUUCUUUUUGUGACUGUAGAAAUUUUUACUUUUUUUUAAAAAAAAAUUCUUAAUACAAUUAAUCUGCAAAUACAUUUCAUUCUGAAUAUUAAAAAUUGAAACUAGAUUUAGUAUUUUAACUUUGCUCUUACUUUUUUAAAGUAUGUGGUGGUUAUCUGUUGCAAAGACAAUUUGUUUUAGAAUAGAAAACAUGUUUUGUAUGUUACAAUAAGUCAUAAGCAAGAGCUAUUGUUUUAAGGAGGUUUUAAAAUUAAUGUAUGCAUGUUAAAAUGUGUCAAAAGAUUUUAUGUAUUUUAGUAAGAGUAUGAUAAUUUUAUUUAUUUAACAUAAAUUAAAGCUAUGAUUGUGAUGUUUGCAAAAGUGAAUGAAGAUAAUUUAAAAAUAUCUUGCAUUUUUUAAUUUUACAUCUUUCGUAGAAGAAAAGAAGGAAAUGUGUACAUUUUUACAAAAAAUCAUUGCAGUCAUGGCCUUAAUUAUGGGUAUUAAUCAUUCAAACUUUUAUUUAAUUUCAAAGAGGGACUUAUUUACUUACUAAUUUUUGGAGUGCCAUAUCAUAAUUAUAUUAUUUGAACUAUUUCAUAGAUAGUAUAUAUUAUAUUUGAAGAGUUUUUUUUAUUUCUAUUUCAGAUGAAAUGAGAUAAUUAUUUUGAUUUAUUUAUAAUAGAAUUAUUUUCUUGUAUUUAGAAUAGGCACCUUAUAAGUUAUUUUUAUCAAGCAUUACUUAAGGAUGAAAUAUAUUUUUUACAGGUUAGAUAUAGUUUAUAAAGCUUCAAAAAAAAGUUUUUUUUUUAUUUUUUAAAUCUAGUGU